UUUUGAAAAGAACCCCUGAGAGGUACCAAGGUAUAUCGCGGAGUUUAUCCCCUCGGCUACUUAAUCCGCUGUGAGUAAGCUUUGCCUCUACUGAUAGAGUUUGAUCCAGUUUGAAAGUAGUUAGACGUAAAAUGCUGUCGAUAUACGAGGGUGAAACCAUAAUAUAAUUUAGAUCAUGUAAGCUACGUUUCCAUUUGACCUAGAUUAUUGGUAAACACUCUAAUUUGCACUGAUUUCCAAGGUGAAAGCAAAGUCGAGAAGAACCUGGUUACGAGGUUUUGCUUUGUUAUGACGUCACAGGAACCUCCCGGAAAUGAUUCUAGUCUUUCUGAGAAUUUUGGCUGCGCUCCCGAUACUGGGUAAACUUGCUUUGAUUUCUUGAUCUUAUUGUUUUAAGAGUAAUCGUGGAUGCAAAAUAAUUAGCCUGUUGUCUUUGUAUUGUUUUGAAAAACAAAUUGUUAUUAACACCUCCUGAGUUUCUCUCGGGCCGUUUAGUUUGAUAACAUACAUCCAUUCUCUCAAGGGUCGCGGCUUUUCCCUCUCUAAUUCAUAACUGGUCUAUAUUGUUAUCAUUGUGUUCAAAUUGAAACUGGCGAAAAAUGAACGAGCUGUCUUUAUUACGAAGGUAUUUUGUAUUAAAGAUAUAUAACUUAACUUAAAGCCUUACCUAUUUUUUAAAGCCUCUGAUUUCCGGGAAUUAGGCAUCUGUUUCUAAGAAAUCGUGCUUGUGAUUUGAUUGGCUCGCAGCCAAAAUCAAUUAAAACAUCUCAGGAAUUUUAUAAUUGCCGCAGCAAAGUCAAACGUUUUGGCGAUCGAAAUCAAACUUUUACGUCCUUACGCAACUGGUAUACGAUGAUUGAGGACUGAGCUGUCGACAAGUUAUUGCAAGUAACAUCGCGACCGAUAUCUGGCUUACUUGGACAUUGAGGUCCUGUGAGAGGUAUUGCCAAUGUCCGGCAGGCGAGGCCAGAGAGGAAGAGGAACUGGAAGAGGCAUUGGAAGGGGAGGUGUAAGCGAAUAUGGAGAAGGCAAUGGAAGGAGAGGUGGAAGAGGCAGUGGAAGAGCCGGUGGAAGAGGAGGUAGAAGAGGAGGUAGAAGAGGAGGUGGAACAUUGGAUCUUGGUCGCGUCGGGACGGCGAGAGACCAGCUUGAGGUUAAUAUAGGAUUCACGGAACUGCAAGCCCUGGAGACCAAAACCUCUGACGAAAUUAUCCUCCAUUUAACAUCGAGUCAAUGUUUCCCAGCCACGGAGUAUUUAUUAAAACAGCAGUCAGUUAUGGAAGAUCACUGGAUUAUCUUGAUCGUUAGCAUUGUCACGAAAGCCUGUGACUGCGGCUGUAGCGAAAACCUGUUAAAGCUACUAAACCUUCUACCGGGGUCGUCUUUUCUUAAUUCUCAUCUGAGACCAUAUCUCAACAAGCUAUCCAAUAGCGGCUUGUCUCUAGCUGAUCUCGUAGUGUUUUUGAGAAAUGUAGUUAAAAUAAUGAAUGAAUUGCUCCAAAGAUUCCCGAGCUGUUAUGUUGAUCUUCCGGUAUCCGAUCUGUACUGCGGAACAAGAAUGCUAUCUGACACAGGACAGUUAGCAGAUGAUGCCCUCGUGACGGAGGUGGAUGAAAUAAUGAAACUGAGAAUCCAAAAGGCCAAGGAGUUAAAGAGAAAAGAAGAAGAAGAACGGCAAAAAAGAAGGAAGCCUCGCAGAGAUGCUGGAGUGAACGAUGAUGCAAAUCCUCCCGAAGAUUUUCGCUGGCUCUCUGUUGUUCCAACUCAGAAAGACAUCUUGUCAGGAGAACGACCCUUCCUGAGAAGGAACAAAAUAGAUGGGAGCUACCACGACGCGGAACAUUAUUUGGACGUACAAUUUCGACUCCUUCGUGAAGAUUUCGUGCGACCCCUUCGUGAAGGGAUCGCACAGUUGCCGGAGCGUUUAGGCUCCAGUACGAUAGGGGCCCAUCAGGACAUUCGUCUGUACAAUAACGUUCGGUUGUUGUAUCCUGUAUGUACUUCCAACGGUCUCCGUUACCGGAUCAAGUUUGACAACUCCAAACUCAGGCAUGUACGCUGGGAGAACAGCAAACGACUCAUCUUUGGUUCGUUGAUGUGCUUAUCCAAGGACAAUUUUGAUAGCUUUGUGUUUGUUACAGUGGCCAACCGGGAGCUUUGGAACAUAAGACAAGGUAUAGUGGACAUACAGGUCAUCCGCUCAUAUGAUCAUAUGGAACUUGAAGAAGGUGACGUAUAUCAGAUGGUGGAAAGUACUGCCUUCUUUGAAGCGUAUCGUCAUGUGCUUGAGGGACUCAAAGAAAUUACUCCCGCAGACCUACCUUUGCAGAGUUACAUCGUAAAUUGCCAGAAAGAAGUUAAACCACCCUCCUACUUGAAUGACAGGGCUCAAGGACCAGUGACCUUUGAUCUUACGCCAAUCAUGAAGAAGACAAGUUCUCGCCAGUCUGUGAGGUCACGGCUUGCAGACCUAAACAUGAGAGUUAAGUCUCGACAGGCAUCAAAUGUUCCAGUCCUGAAGCUGGCCUCCUGGCCGUCUGCGGACGAUCUGGGUCUCGAUGACUCUCAGUUCAAGGCUCUACAAAUGGCUCUGACCAAAGAAUUUACGGUCAUUCAAGGACCGCCGGGAACUGGAAAGACGUACAUAGGAUUGAAGAUUGCCAAUGUAUUGUUACAUAACAAGGGGAAGUGGCAUCGCCCAAUCCUGGUUGUCUGUUACACAAACCACGCACUCGAUCAGUUUCUGGAAGGAAUCCAUGAGUUUCAUCCUAAGGGAAUUGUUCGAGUCGGGGGAAGGAGUCAGAACGAGACUAUGCAGGCAUGCAGUCUGUCACAAUUGAAGCACGAAAUGCACGAGGAGAAAUCAGUACCCCGUUACAUCAGAAGAGCUUUUUACGAAGCUCAUGUGCUAAUGGACCACACAAUGGAACACUUAGAAACUGCAAACCAAGCUUUACAGAAAUGCCUUGAGAACGUUCUCCAUGAAGACGAGUUGCGUUAUCGCGCCAUGAGCAUGACGGACGCUCAUUAUGAGUCUUUGAGGCAGCCUUUUGUUGAAACUUCAGGGCAUAGAGGGAAUGCUAUGUUGCAGUGGCUGCAGCUGUCUGUGAACUCAGCCAAUCAUGCCAGCCAAGGAGAAGGGGCUAAAAUGUUAGCAGAAGCGGAAGUAGAAGAAGCAGAGCCACUAGAAGCAGAAAAUGAAGAUGACGAUGAUAACCCGGAUGUGCUGUACGAAGCGAAUGUUAUGCAGGAUCAGAGAAUACUGGACGAUGAUGACGUUAGAGUGUUCAGUUCGAAGUCAGUGGGAAAAAACGUGGAACAGCUAAAAGUUGUGAAUCCUUAUGUUUUUAGUGGGGAAGGCGACGACGAAUGGCAAAUACAAUGGGCUCAUCGACUAAAAUGGAAAUUAAAGAGGAUCAUGAAUAAAGAAUUGAGCAAAAAAGAUGUCAUGUCAGAUGAAAGAGCGAAAAUGGUGACAAAUGUUUGGAAAUUGAACCUGAGUGACCGUUGGAGUUUAUACCGACGAUGGGCGAUGGACGUGCGCGAGUGUUACCGCCGCACAAUUUCGUACCUCCACCGUGAAUUUGAAUGGGGUGUCGAGCGACUUAUGGAAGCAAAAACCAUGCAGGACUUGGAGAUACUUAAGAGUGCCGAUGUCAUUGGGAUGACUACAACAGGGGCUGCCAAGUAUCGCAAACUUUUGCAAAGUUUGCGACCGCGAAUAACGAUUGUUGAAGAAGCCGCUGAAGUACUGGAGUCGCACAUUGUGACAUCGUUAACUCCCGGAUGCCAGCACUUGAUUCUGAUUGGCGAUCAUCAGCAACUCCGUCCCAAUCCCACAGUCUACGACCUCGCCAAACAAUACAACCUUGACGUGUCGCUAUUCGAGAGAAUGGUGAAGAAUGGAAUGCCAUUUACAAGACUGCGAUUGCAGCAUCGCAUGCGACCUGAAAUCUCCAAAAUGCUGGAGCACAUUUACGUCAAUCCGAAGCUGGAAAAUCACGAAUCGGUGAUGAAUUUUGACAACAUUAAGGGCGUGGGGCAUAACGCAUUCUUUGUGGACCACGAGGAAAGUGAGGAUUUUUCCGUGGAAGGAAUGAGCAGGUCAAAUAAACAUGAAGCCAAAUUCAUGGCAGCUCUUUGUCGCUACUUCAUCCUUCAGGGUUAUGAAAGAGAGCGAAUCACAAUCUUAACAGCUUACGUUGGCCAGUUAACACAGCUCAAAAAGGAACUUGUACCUAAAGAUUUCUUCAGUGGAGUUCGAGUCUGUGCGGUAGAUAAUUUCCAAGGAGAGGAAAAUGACAUCAUUCUUUUGUCACUUGUUCGAAGCAACGAAGAGGGCAAAAUCGGUUUCCUGCAGAUAGAAAACCGGGUUUGCGUAGCGUUGUCCCGCGCCAGGAAAGGGUUUUUCUGCAUCGGUAACAUCAGCCUUUUGGAAAAUAAGAGCACCUUGUGGAGGGAGAUCAUCAAGGACAUGCGCGAGCGUGGGAAUGUGGGAAAAGCAUUGAUGCUGAUGUGCCAAAACCACCCGAAAACCGUGAUCCACGCUUCAUGUGCGGAGGACUUUGAAAAGGCACCCGAUGGAGGCUGCAUCAUACCAUGUGCCGCUCGACUCGAGUGCGGUCACGUGUGUCACAUGAUGUGCCACCCAGUAGACCCAGAGCACUUAGAAUACGAGUGCCAGAAACCCUGCACUAGGACGGCGUGCGCGCUGAAUCAUAAUUGCCCCAAGAGAUGCUUCCAAAAAUGCGGGCCUUGUAAAGUGCCUUUGGAAAAGACCCUUCCACGUUGUGGCCAUCUACAAAUGGUUCCUUGCUACAUGUGCGACGACCUUUCUGUUAUAAAAUGCCAAACACCCUGUGUGAAAACCUGGCCAUGUGGACAUGAAAAUGCGACAAGAUGUCACGUUGAUCCACUGCGCAUUCCAUGUAAGGUGCCUUGCGGUGUGACUUUGAAGUGUCAACAUCCUUGUGCUGGUGACUGCAGCCGUUGUUUCCGUGGUCGAGUCCAUGUGCCAUGCAAAGCUAAAUGCGACCGUCCACUGUUCUGUAAGCACAACAAGUGCGAAAAGAAAUGUGGUGACCCUUGUGAUCUCUGUAACGAGAGAUGUACCUGGGAGUGCCUACAUCAUAAAUGCACGAAAUCGUGCGGAGAGCUUUGCGAUCGUCCACGAUGCAAUGAGCCGUGCACAAAGUUACUUCCGUGCCAGCACCCCUGUAUCGGUCUCUGUGGGGAGCUGUGCCCGAAGAAGUGCCGAGAGUGUCACAAAGACGAGGUGACAGAGAUAUAUUUCGGAACCGAAGAUGAGCCGAACGCAAGAUUCGUGGAGCUGGCAGACUGCGGUCACGUGUUUGAGGUUGAAGCGAUGGAUCAGUGGAUGGACCAGGCUGAAACAACGUCUGAUAGGAAGCCUGUUGCUGUCCAACUCAAGCUUUGCCCAAAAUGCAGGGUUCCCAUCCUCACCAGUUUAAGGUACGGCAACAUCUUUAAGAAGAUUCUGGCAGACUGCGAACGAAUAAAACAGAAGAUUGUAAUAGAUGCAGGAUCAGGAGAGCGUGACCUAGAAGUAGGCAGGCUCAAAUUGAGGUUGCAGGAGAUUGACCAAUUUCCCAAAGACAGAAUUAGUAUGAUGCUGAAUCGUAAGAAUCUCACGAAUGAUCAAAUCAACGUGAUUGACAACCAAAUCAGCUUUUUGUCUUUCCUUCAGAGACUCAAAGUUAAUAUAGGCUAUUUUGAAGAAUUGCCCCAGGAAAAGAAGGAGAACCUUGAGAGUCAAGUGGAACAACUUCGAAAACGUGUGAUGGAGUUUCGAGUUCGAUUCAGCGAGCAGGAACGGGAAGAACUCAACGAGGAAAUGUGCAGAAUACAGCUUCUAAUCGACUUCAGGAUGUUAAAGAUGCAGCUUGACAUCCGGGAUGUUCAGCUUGGAGUUUCUGACACAGCGGAGGUUUUCUUUGUUAAAGAAGCAUUGGAUUCAGGGAAGACUAUUGACAAAAAACAUCGAGAGCGAUACAGGGCUCACAUUGAAAGAAUUAGACGUGAACAAGGCCUUCAAGAACUUAAACAGGCCGUAAAAAGGGACUAUAAGGAUCUGACCGUGAAGGCUAAGGGGUUUACACAGGGACACUGGUUCAAGUGUCCAAAGGGUCACAUCUACUGCAUCACAGAAAGUGGUGGAGCGAUAGAAGAAAACAAAUGUCCGGAAUGCAGCUCACUGAUUGGUGGCCAUAAUCAUCAGUCCUGAGCAAUACGCCAGCUACUUGGAUAACGUCUUUUGGGACGACUUCCUCUUUGCCAACAAACACAACAGUUUGUUAUCACCCAGGAGACUUUCUGUGACUUUCUGUAACUAAGGUACCAGCUAUGAGCUUAGGCACGAUAACUGAUCUAACAAUCAAUCAUUAAGCAAAAUAUAGGCCAAAGGUGAGGAAUUUUUCCUCUCGCUUUAAUUUGAUUAAACGGGUCUUUGUUUCGACUGACCAACCUGCGAGCAAAGCCUUUUUUUAUCUCUUUUUGCUUUAUCUUUUGUUACAAAGCAUAUGUACCGUAAGAAAAGGCUCUGCUUGCAGGGUAUGUUUCGGUUUGUAAAGUGACGAAAAACUUGUUCUCCUUUGUGGUAGCUUUUGAAAUUGCUUCUAUUUUGCCUUGAAAUUUAAACAGAUCUGCUUUAAAGUAAGAUAUUUUAUCUACAUUUUUCAGGUAAGAGUCCUAUCAAUUGAUUUUUCCGUUGCUUUUUGCAAUUUUGCCGGCUAAAAUCCAAGCAGGGUCUAGUUAGUAUAGUUAAUCGAUAAAGCGUGUUAAGUCGUUUCAUUUGUGAUUUUUAUCAAUUGAACAUAGCGAAUAACAUAGAGAUUAAGGUUGAAUUUAAGAUUUUUUUUUUAAGCAUAUUGGUUAGGAGAUUAGAUUGGAAAGAAGCCCUUCAAGCUGGGAAGCUAAGAAGGGCUUCUCGACCAAGGUUAUUCUCAACAUAAUACUGGAUUCCGAUUAAACAGAUGACGUUUACUGUCAAAUUGACUGGAGAUGUUUUUUUCACUGGAGCUCCUUCGCUUUACUGGGUGCAACGAGAAUUGUCCGUUUCUUUUUUUGAUCGAAAAGUGGUGUAAUGGUCCUUAAAAAAAGUCCAAAACAAGACUCUUGAAUGUCUGUUUUUAUUUUAAUUCAUAUUUUCUGUACCCCUCAGAGCUUCAGAGCGAGUACCUCAAACACUAGCUACCCCAUUAUGUGGAUGAUCACUUUACACAGUUACUGUGUAUACUACAUGAAUUAACAAGAAAAAGAUUAAACUCCUCUGUCUUCCCUCACUCCAGAAACAUCGGUGUUAUUGGGUUCAAGCUUUGGUAGGCUUUUGAUUGUUAAGAAAAACAAAAAUGUGAUAUGUGAAAGCUGUACACCAAUUUGAAAAGUUAUUGUUUGUCUUUAUAGAGGUAAAGAAAAGUUUUUAAUUUGUAGUGACUGUUUUUUCGGUGAACUCGUUCCAAAUGUGGAGUGAGAGGGGACUAAAAGAGGAAAGAUGCUGAGAACAAUAUUUUUCUUUCCUGUCCGUGUUGUCGGGAUUUGAACUUUUUUCCUCACCCACCCAAAUGAUCUCAAAAGCCUCGAAAACACCGUGUUUCUGGAGUGGUCAGUAAAUGGUCAAAGUUCAAUUAGGAGUCCACGACAACCUCGGUAACAGUUAUCUGUCCCAUGUGACGUCGGUUGGAGAAGUUGUUAUUGUGCGUGCUCAUGUAACAGUACUCCCCAGGCUUCUUGAUGCGGAAACACGGCGGGUUGCAGGAGGCUGGCGCGUUGUCAAGUUGAGCCUGUAGUGGUUUCUUCUCAUCUGUGUAACAUCCCUUGUUGAGGUGAAGAUUUAACGUAGCAACGUCAAAAUCAACUGAAUCAACCACUUCAAGAGGCAAGCUGUAACACGCUGCUGGCUUGAGAGAGCUGCAUCCUUCCUUUACCCAACACACGUUACUGCGAUCCGUACCUGAAAUGAAAACGAAGUCAAUUUCGUCUUAUUGGUAGAUUAGGUACGUGUU